AUGUAUGGGAAAUGUAAAUCACCAGAGCAAGCACGCCGGAUAUUCGACAGCAUUACUGUCAAGGACAUGUUCUCAUGGAAUCUAAUGCUGUCAGUGUAUUUCAGAAAUGACUGCCUUAAAGAAGGAAAAGAGCUUUUUGACAAGAUGCCCGGGAGGGAUUCCGUGUCAUGGAACACCAUGCUGGCGGCCUACAGUGACGAAGGUGAUGUGGAAACCACAAAGAAGAUGUUCCUCCAAAUCCCUAAGCCGGAUGUGGUAUCAUGGAACUCUCUCUUGUCGGCAUAUGCCCAAAGCGGGUAUCUCCAAUAUGCGGCGUCAACUUUUGAGAGCAUGCCCCAAAGGGACGUGAUUUCGUGGAGCUCUUUGUUGGCGGGGUAUGCACAACAUGGGUCUUUGGCUAGAGCGGUCCAGAUCUUUCACGAAAUUCCGGAACGGAAUCUCGUGGCGUGGACGGCCCUGAUUUCCGUGUACGCCCAGCACGGGCAUCUGGAGGAGGCAAAGCGGGUUUUCUGCGAGAUGCCACAGCGCAACCUGAAUGGGCAUCUUGGAUACGCUUUGGGUAUCUUUGCCACGAUGCCUUUUCGGGACGUGGUGACGUGGAACGCUAUGCUGAAUGCUCACACUAGAGCCGGGCAAGCGGAGACAACCAAGAAAAUCUUUGACUCUAUGCCAGUCAGGAACCUUCUGUCGUGGAAUCUGGUGCUGUCGGUGACUGCCCAGCAAGGGGAUCUGGAAGAUGUAAAAAAUAUCUUCAAUGAGAUGCCUCAAAAAGAUCUUGUAGCUUGGAAUGCUAUGAUAUCAGCCCUGCUACAAAGGUGGCGGCUGGAGGAAGCCAAAUCCUUGUUUGAGAGAAUGCCGCAGCCCAACCUCGUUUCGUGGAACGCUAUGCUUGCCGCUUAUGCCCAACACGGGCAUAUCCGCGAGGCGGAGUGCACUUAUAGCCAGAUGCCCGAGAGAGAUUUAGUGUCCUGGACUUCGAUGCUUGCUGCCUAUGCUCAACACGGGCAUCUCUGUCAUUGUUGGGAAAUAUUUGGUAGCAUCCCUGAGCGGGAUCUUCUAUGCUGGAACACGAUGAUCUUUGCUUACUCUCACAAUGGCCAUCUCCACCGAGCUAGAGCACUCUAUGAUCGUUUGCCCGAGUGGGAUUCGGGCUCGUGGAGCUCACUCGUCGCCGCUUACGCUGAGAACAGGCACUGGGACGAGGCAUUUAGUCUCUUCUUCGUUGGGAACCUUGUGGAUCUGCCAGACGAGAGAUGCUUGGCCGCUGUUUUGGUUGCUUGUACUCAUGCAGGGACUGUUUUCUCUGCCAGGAGCUGCUUUGUUUCGAUGAGUUUUGACCAUGGGCAAGAGCCGACGAGGCAGCACUUGGUUUGCAUGGUUGAUCUCUUGGCGAGAGCUGGUUACCUCAGAGAUGCGGAGGAUUUGAUCCAGAGCAUGCCUUAUGUUCCAGACGUAUUCGAGUGGACAUGCCUUCUUGGUGCUUGUAGAAGUUACAAGGACUUCAAGUAUGGAGCUAAUGCUGCUUCUCGUGUUGUGGCACUCGAGCCUAGAAACGCGGCUGCUUAUGUAUUGCUUGCUAAUGUAGCCUCUCCGCAAAAAAGUUAA